AUGUUCCGGAUUGAAGGCCUUGCUCCGAAGCUGGACCCGGAGGAGAUGAGACGCAAGAUACGUGAGCAUGUGCUCUCCUCCCUACGGAAUUUCCCCAUCCACGUGGCCCUGCUGCGAGUCACUCCAUUUAUCUUGAAGAAAUUGGACAGCAUAUGAGGAUGGGCAGCUGCAUGAAAACACAUGACAUGAGGAA